GAAUAAAUGUAAAAAAUAAAAUGAGAACAGAACAGGCAGGCAAUGAUGAUGUUGGCGUCAUAAAACCCAUGCCAUAGAGAAUCCUCGUAAAAACCACCACUACACAAACAAACUAUUUCAAACUGAGAUCUAAAAAUUUUCAAAAUGGCUGGCGUUGAAUUGCUACCCAGGGAGUACGGAUACGUAGUUCUUGUUCUGGUUUUCUAUUGUUUCAUUAAUUUCUGGAUGACUGCUCAAGUCGGCAGAGCCCGCAAGAAGUAUAAUGUAUCUUAUCCGACUCUGUAUGCGAGUGAAGCUGAUAAUAAGGAUGCCAAACUCUUCAAUUGUAUCCAGAGGGGGCACCAGAAUUCACUGGAAAUGCUGCCCGUGUUCUUGAUGUUGAUGAUUCUGGGAGGAAUCAGGCACCCUGUGAUUGCUGCAUCACUGGGAGUUGUUUACUGCAUCUCUCGAAUUUUCUACUUUGACGGCUACUCCACUGGUGAUCCUCAGAAACGCCUGUCCAUCGGGAGAUAUGGUUUCUUGGCCUUAUUUGGGCUGAUCAUUUGCACAAUUUCAUGUGGAGUUGGUAUGCUUACUGCUUGAUGAAAAGGAUGUGCUUUGGAAUCUUGUGUUAUUUAGUUGGUGGUAGUUGCCAUGCUUCUCUCCACUUAUCAACCAUAACCCAAUAUCAUUACUGGAUUUUGGCCAAUUCUCUACACCUUGACUUGAUUUAAUGAAUACAGCUUCUAUAAAUUUGAUUAGGAUGGGAGAUUGGGAUCACACAGAUUAGUUCUAUUUCAAGGAGCUCUUUAAAUUUAGAUUUGAAUUUCAACAAAUCUAAUUGCUUCUUCUAAAUAACUACUCUUUCUGACCCAAAUUCACAUUCUAUCUUAUUAAAUACUAGUACUAAAAUUUACUA